AUGAAAUUGUUGACUGUAAUUUUCGCCCUAAUUCUGGCCGUAUCUGGUCGGAUAUUUAAUAACCCAUCAAUAGAGAAGUAUGUGAAUUCAGCGGAAACUUACCAAUCAGGGCUCGAGCAUCAACAAAGUGGGUUGUAUUCUAGCCAAUCAAAUCAAUAUUCGGGACACGAAGUAGCCAAUACUAGACCCGAUGGAAAGAAAACAGCUAAGACCUUGUCAUACCAUGCUGAGAACGAGGGACACCACUAUCGUUACGCCUAUGAGACUGAUAAUGGAAUAAGAGUUCAAGAAGAAGGUAAAAUAGAAAAAGGAACUUCAGCUCACGGUGCUUUCUCCUUCAAAGGCGAUGACGGCCAUGAAUACACCAUCACCUAUACCGCCGAUGAGAAUGGUUUUAGGCCAUCAGGUGAUCACUUACCGACCUCUCCACCCAUUCCUGAGGCUAUCCUGAAGAGUUUAGAGAAGAACGCUAAGGAUGAAGCUGCUGGUAUUUUUGAUGAUGGAAAAUAUCAUGAACAUCAAGAGCCGAAACAUCAUGAACAUCAACAAAUCGAAAGUGGACAUCAAUCUUUGGAAUUCCAUUCUUCAGGUAAUUCUGGUGCCAACUCAGCCUACUUUGGUCAAGCCGCAACACAGGAAUCCAAUUUAGGUCAUCAAGAAUCAUCAUCCCAAUCAAGUGCCAGCUCAUCUUACUAUUCACCGUCUAGCCAAUACGAAUCUUCCUCAGCUUCCUCAUCUUCAGGUCAAGGGUUUGAUUCGGGGUACGGAUCUUCAUCAGGUUUUGCACCUAGUUUAGGACAUCAAUCAUCAUCAGGUCUUGAAAGUAGUUUAGGCCACCAGUAUACACGUAAUGAAGCUAGCUUAGGCUAUCAGUCGUCUUCAGGUAAUGAAGAUAACUUAGGUCAUCAGUAUUCUGAGAGUCACGGAGCUAUGAAUUAUCAGUCCGCUUUAGGACAAGGGUCAGGUUUUUCCAGCGGAAAUUACAGAUUUAGAACGCCGUCUGGUUUUGUCUCAUCUGCCUCACAUGGCGGAAGUGCAGGGCAUUUUUCUGGUAUGAGUUAUCUUCCCCCCCCAGGUUAUCACAGGCAAUAA